AUGACAGAAUCCGCUUGUAAAAACAGCUGUUUUGGAACCGAUUUUUCUUUCGCCGCCGUCGAUGGCGUCUGGUGUUUCUGCGGAAGUGAAGUUAUAGACGCUCCGCUUGCAAAACUUGGUGAUGAUGAAUGCGAUUCGGCAUGUCCUGGAGUGGAAAAUCAACAAUGCGGAGGAGGCGGUCUCACUCGGAUUUGGUUCUGUAGCUCUGAUCCACAAGUGUCAAUUAUUCAGGAUCGUACUGGAAUGGGAACCACAGAAAGUGAGUCACCGGUGGUAUCAUCGACUACCGUAGCACCAGAUAGAUUCUUCAUUGGUACUACGCUAGAUGAGCCAAGCGUGACCGUGGACCCGAUGUUCGUAACCGUUGGGUUCCUUCCAGCGACCCCAGCUGCCAGUCUCGUAACCAAACUGUGCCCAGUUGCCCCCGUGAACCCCUUUGCAAGAGAAAACACCACAAUCACGAUAAUAUCUAUUUCCACGGAGACAAAGGUUUCUACAAAGAUCAAAGUCUCUACAAAGAUCAAAACUGUUACAAAGACAAAAAUCUCCACAAAGACAGGGGUUUCCACCACUACCCAAAUUAUAUUUAUAACAGCUGUUCCUAUACAAACCCAAGUUACCGCGAUAUCACAAAUCCAGACCGCUACCAAGUCUAUUGUUGCCCUCCCUAUUCAGAAUCCAAAUACUAAGGAAUCUUUCUGUUGUCCUGACCGCGGAUUCAUUAUGAAUGAAACAGGCCUUUUCACCCUAGACCUCAACUCACAUGAACCUACUACCCGCGUGGAGUUAUCCGAAGAGAUAUCUUCCCCAGGCGCUCUAGCAUACAAUACCCUCGACCACAGUCUUUACCUGAUCGAACUCUCAUCCUCAAAUUUAAUGAGAGUAUCCGCUGACGAGAACGGCUCUCAAUUUGGCGACAUCGACAGUCUUGGACAAUACUGGGUCGCUACUGGAUUUGACAAAGAAAACAAGAGUAACUGGACACAAAUAGACCUAAACCCUUAUUCACCAAAAUUUGGUGAAAUUGUUAAUGAGGGCAUAACCAAACGUUGGGAGAACGGCCCCGUGAGGAUUUCAGAUUGGGUUUCUAUCCCAUCCGCUGGUAGGAUCCUCUGGUCACUUGCCGCUUGUGAUCCAGAUAGCGAACAGUUGGCUCUUUGGAAAUUUGAGCUCGAUACCGGUAAUUGGUAUCCCGCUCGACGGUUCUCCCAUAAAUUGAAAGCAAAUAUAAAACCAUGCUUUGGACCAGACACUGGUCAGCUCCUUUGUAUUGCUGAGGAUGGUAGUCGUUAUUUGACGAAUGUCAAACAUGAAACCAUGCCUCCGGUAAUGACGUGGUCCCCUACGGGGCCGUCUAAUGCUGAUUGGCUUGGAAAUGGGGCACGUUGUGUUCUAAACACACAGGAGAUAUCGAUUCCGAAUUUUGGGUCUGGGGUUGGGUAUGAUGAGUCUUCGUAUACUAGAUUGAAUCCGUUGAACAUCUCCACAUUUACAUCCUGA